AUGUCUCAUUCCCAUUCCCAUUUCCAUGGAGACAGGGUGAUCUUGCUGGAUUUCUUGCAUAUCAAGAGGACCUUGCUCGACAAUUCCUAUGUCACCGCGAUACAGCCUUUCUGGAGCUCCACUGGCGGGCCCUACAAUGGCCUUGUCAAGAAUGGCGAUGAUGACAUCACCCCAGUCGAAGGCAUCACUAUGCACAAAAUCAACACCGUCCUCGCAUUCGGUGCACCCUAUCAACUCUUCGCCGCCCGAGCAGGCCAACUCGCGAUGAACAGCGCACUUGAAGCUGCCCAACUCAACUUUACAUUGGUUUUCACUAUAUCCGUGCCUGAGGACGCCGCGUUCGAAUCGAUUAGCUCUGUGCUCAAGUCUGCGGAUUUGGCCACUCUCCAGGAUGCGCUUCGCUAUCACAUCAUUCCUAGCACAUUUGUUUUUUCGCCAUCCCUGGAGAAUACUACGAUUAUAUCUCUCGAGCGUGCGGACUUGACUUUCACCGUCCUGCCGGAUCGUUCUGGCUGGGUGAAUAACGCGAAUAUGGCGUUUCCAAACACUAUACUGUACAACGUGCGAUUGCGCCAUGAUCGCGCCUCCCUGGAACCAGAUGCUCCUGGAUCUAAGCGGCUGGCCUUUCCCAACGCGUCUGCGGUCUUGCAACUACCUUUCUUCACCGUUUCUUUUGGAGACGACUCCAUGAAAUACACAACAACGCCAAAAUUGCUCAAGACUGUGGCUGCUGUUGCGACUCCCACAGGUGAGCCUACGCUGACGGGCUCAGGGCAGCUCCCUGCAUUCACUGGAGCGGGGAGCAGGAUUUCUCUUGGUGUGGUGGCCGCACUGCCUGUUGCAAUGGGAUUUGCUGCGUACUUUGUUUAG